GGAAGGGGGCUGUCGGCCCCGCCUUCGAGUGUUCGGCUCGGGCGGCUGGCGCUGCUCGGCGCGGCUCGGGUAGUGGCGCGAAAAUUUGAAUCGGUAGUCUGUCUGUCUCUCGUCUGCUGGGCCCGCUCGGCCGUCGGGCUCGCUCGGCUGUGUUCGGAGGUGGCGGAGGGGGAAUUGGAGGACUCUCUCGAGUUAUUUGAGUGUGGGCAGUGCAGCCGAAAGGAGCGCUUCUCCGGCACUGCGGGCCUCGGGAUGUCUGACAUGGAGGCCUUGCGCAGCCCCGGCACGCCCGGCGUUAAUGUUAGGCCCUAUGAGGUCAUAUGGGCUGUGCGUCCCAACUACCGUCGAAGUACCUUCUUGCAAGCUCUGAGACCCUAUUCCGAGCGUGUGCAAGACUUGAUGUUAGAAUCGUGGCGAGCGCUGGAGGCAGAGCUUCGUGGCACGGCUGAUGUUUUGUCGAGUGAUGUCGAUGUUACACCAGACCCUCCUGCAUCCCCUGAGGCUCCAAGGAAGAGUGACAAUACUCCUGUGAUGAAGGAUGUGGAGAGCGUGAGUAAAUAUGCUCACCCCGCUUAUGAGACGUUGAAAAGCAGAGAAGAGUCCUUUGCCCGAUGGAGUCAUGAGGACAAAGUGAGUGCAGCACGAUUGGCCUCUGCAGGAUUUUUCUUUACAAAUAUUGAAGACAAGGUCCUUUGUUUUUCGUGUGGAGGCGGACUAAGAGACUGGAAGAAGGGCGACGACGGAUGGGUAGAGCAUGCAUUCUAUUUUUCAAAGUGUAGAUAUGUGAAGGAGAUGAAAGGAACCGAGUUCGUGAGGCUCGUGCAGGGCGAGAGGCCGGCGACAAUGAGUCCCGAGGACAUCCGUGCCGCAGCAUGCAAAGACGAAAGCAGUGUCGUGGAGAAAGAAGAGGAAUCUCCUGCUGAAGAGGAUGACAAACUGAAAUGUAAAAUAUGUUUGAGUGAGGAUGUUGGGAUUGUGUUUUUGCCGUGCCGACACUUUGCCACUUGUAUCAAUUGUGGCCAAGUUGUUCAGAAAUGUGUUAUAUGUCGUGAGCAUAUACGCGGUGUAUUGCGUGUAUUUUUGUCUUGAAGGAAUAAAAAAUAAAAUCGACAAAACAAAUCAAA